CAUUCAAACAAAAUCUUAUCAAAUAAUACCACAUAGGUCAUUGUUAUGUCUUGCAGGUCUUUGUUUUUACCAUCUGUCUAUUUCCCUAGAUUCAGUCUUAAUAAAGUCAUAUCCUGUGUGAUUCGAAGGAAAAGUCUCGCGAUGGGCAACCAUAUCAUUGCUGUUAUUUUAGCUGCGGUUUUUGUAAGUAUUGUUGCACAUCCUGGAAGACCUGCCUUACAAGACAGUCCACAGGCUCGGGUUAUUUUUCAGGCAGCUGAAAGAAAUCGUACAGAUGAUGGUUUUAUUACACCAGAUGAAUUUAAGGACAUCUUUGCCACGUUUGAUAUCAAUACUGAUGGUGAGGUCAAUGAAAAGGAGUUCUUAUUUAUUUGGAAAGACCGACAGCUAGGAGACUUAUCGGCAGCCUCUAGUUUUUUCCAUCACAUUGACACAGAUAGAGACAAUUUAUUGUCAGAGAUUCCAGAUAUGUCUAGAACUUUCUACUACUUCGACUCAAAUCAGGAUGGAAAAAUCAGCCUGGUUGAGUUUGUCAUCGUUUGGAUCAAUCUAUCUCACUGAAAUUAUCAAAUCAAUACCAUAAACAAUAAUUUUGUUCUACAAUUUUAAAAUUAUUAUGUUUCAGUAAAAUCUGAUAUUGAUAAAAUGCAAUAAAUCAAGCAAAGGGCUUUCAGUUAAA